AAUCUUUAUAUAAGAAGACUUGAGUACCGCACCCUUAACAUCAGACCACCUUUAACCACAAUAUUCACCAUGGCGAUGGCAUUCAAGAUGGCGACGACUGGAAUGUGGGUGACUGAGGAGUGCAAGAAGUCGUUCAUGGAGAUGAAAUGGAAGAAGGUGCAUAGGUUCAUAGUGUUCAAGAUCGAUGAGGGAUCAAGGCUGGUCACCGUCGACAAGGUUGGCGGCCCUGGCGAAGGCUAUGAUGAGCUUGCUGCAUCCUUGCCGGACGAUGAUUGCCGAUAUGCCGUGUUUGAUUUCGACUUUGUCACGGUUGAUAACUGCCGGAAGAGCAAGAUCUUCUUCAUAGCAUGGUCACCAACAGCAUCAAGAAUAAGAGCAAAAAUGCUGUAUGCAACGUCCAAAGAUGGGCUGAGGAGAGUGCUGGAAGGCAUCCACUAUGAAGUCCAAGCAACAGACCCAACCGAGAUGGGGUUUGAUGUCAUCAAGGACAGGGCCAAAUAGAUCAUGCAAUUAGAUUAUGGCCAAACUUUUGUGGCAUCUUUGCUUUUUUAUAUAUUUAAUAACUCCAACCAUAUGAUAAUGAGCCUUUUUUCUUCUUGUUACUUUCUCGAUAAUUGGCACUAAUGUAACCUCAUCCUCUAAUUUGUAAUAAUAAUUAUUAUGUCUUCGUGUGUUAUUAUUUAAUGACAAAAGGACCUUUUGAUGUCA